GUCUUGGACCGCCUUGCCCAGCUUUGUGGCAUCCUGGGCUCCCGCAGCAGCACCAGCAUCACGGCAUUUCAGUGGCAGGCUCCUGUCGGGCCCUACAGUGCGGGCUCUGGCGAGCACGGUGGAAGCAGGGCCAGCGGUGAAGACGCUAAGCGAGGCAAGCCUUCAAGCCCAGGUUGAAAGCCUCUUCCAAGAAGCGCUCGCGACGGUCGCAGAUGGAGCCAAGGUAAUGGUUGCGCCGGCGGAUCCGCGAUUUGGCGACUACCAGUGCAACAAUGCAAUGGGCCUCUUCAAGCAGAGCAAGAAGGAAGGCGGUAAGGAGGGAUGGAAGAGUCCCAGAGAUGUCGGCGAGGCGAUCAAAGCAGCCCUGCCCGAGGCAGCAACCAGCCUCUUUGAGGAGGUCAACGUGGCGCCCCAAGGCUUCAUCACAGUGAAGCUGAGCCCUCAGUGGCUCUAUCAGCAGGUGGCAGACCUCUUUGCCAGGGGACUUCAGCUUCGUAGCGAAGCGCCACAGCGAAUUGUGAUCGACUACUCCUCCCCAAACAUCGCAAAAGAGAUGCACGUGGGCCACUUGAGGUCGACGAUCCUUGGGGACACCAUGGCAAACCUCUUCGAGGAUUUGGGCCAUGACGUGGUGCGUCUGAACCACGUGGGAGACUGGGGAACGCAGUUUGGUAUGCUUCUAGAGUUCAUGAGGAAAGAGAAGGCCCUGGACGGGGAGGCAUCCUCUAUGGUCGUAAGUGACCUGCAGAAAUUCUACCGAAGUGCGAAGGAAGCCUUCGACGAGGACAGUGAGUUCAGGAAGAAGGCCCAGACCAACGUGGUUGAGCUCCAGGGCGGGGCGGACUGGGCUCGGACCGCCUGGAACCGCAUUUGUGAGGCAAGCCGGAAGGAGUUCGACACCGUCUAUGGGCGGCUUAAGAUCCAGGGCUUGCAGGAGCGCGGGGAGUCCUUCUACAACGAGAUGCUCCCUGGCGUGGUUGCAGAGCUGCAGGACAAGGGCCUGGUGACCGAAAGUGACGGGGCCCUGUGCGUAUUUACAAAUGUGUCUGAGACACCGCUUAUUGUCCAGAAGGCAGAUGGGGGCUUCGGGUACGACUCCACAGACUGUGCCGCUGUCCAGCACCGGAUCAAAGAGGAGAAGGCCAAUAGAGUGAUCUACGUCAUCGACAAUGGCCAGGAGCUUCACAUGCGAAUGGUAUUCAGUGCUGCAGAGCAAGCAGGAUGGCUUUCUGGAGGUUCCCGCUUGGACUUCAUGGGCUUUGGGCUGGUUCAAGGGCAGGAUGGUAAGAAGUUCAAGACACGGUCUGGUGAAGUCGUCCGCCUCCGAGACCUCUUGGAUGAAGCUGCGGAUAGGUCCGAGGUAGAGCUCAGAAAGCGCGCAGAGAACGCCAACAUAGUCUUGGAUGAGGAGAAAGAGGCACGACUGAAGCAAAACGCCGAGAGCAUCGGUGUAGCCGCUGUGAAGUACUUCGACCUCCGCCAGAAUCGAAACUCUGACUACCGCUUCUCGUACGACUCCAUGCUGGACCCCAAGGGCAACACAGCAGUGUAUGUCCUGUAUGCCUAUGCCCGAAUUUCCGGCGUGCUCCGCCGGGCGGACUACGAAGUGGCCUCCUUGUCCCCCUCCGAGCUAGAACUGACCGAGGCCCCGGAGAGGGCUCUGGCCCUGCGACUCUUGAAGAUGCCCGAGGUCCUUGCGCAAGUGGAGGACGAUCUCUUCCCCAGUAGGCUGGUGGACCACAUGUACAGCCUCGCGACUGACUUCUCCACCUUCUACACCGAGUGCCCGGUGGUUGGUUCGGAGCAACAGAAGAGCCGCCUGAUCCUCUGCGAGGUGGUGCGGCGGCAGCUGGCUUACUGCUUGGGACUCUUGCGGAUCGAGCCUUUUGAGCAGCUGUGA